GGGCGGGAGGAGGCGAGGCCACGUCUUUAGCCGCUGAGGCUUGUCAGCAGACAUGGCUGCCGCCGGGCGAAGAGUACGGGGAGCCGUGGCAGGACCGGCGUCGCCCUUAUCGAUCCGGAGGGCUUCCCUCUUUCUUUUGGUUGUGGUUUUGGACGCAGCUCUUCCAUCUUGGGGCCAGGAGGGAAACGGCACUGCCCCUGAGAAAGGGGCAACUCAGGAGGAAAUUGAUUCGCUACCUAGUACUAAUUCACCAUCCGUAAUUUCAGCAGUCACUCAGGUCAGUACAAAGAAUUCAGAAAAAGGUGACAUGCUCUCUGCAACUUUGGAAGUUGAUCCUUCUGUUGCACCUGACCUGUUAGUAACAGAAGAUAAAUCAGCCACAUCUCCAACACCAACGCCUGUGUCUCUUGAGUCCAAUACUAAUAUGGGGGAUGAUGCAGAUGAUGACGAUGACGGUGAUGAUAUUGAGGAUGGUUUAAUGACAGGUUCACUAUCAACAGCAAAAGAAACUGUAGACCCUGGUGAUUCUCAAGAAGAUGACAAUCAAAUUGAAGAGACAUUAGAUUUCCAAGAUGAAGAAGAGCAGUGGGCAAGCACACAGACCUAUGGAAAUAAACCAUUUGCUGAUGAGAUGAAGGACUCUAUCUCAGGAUUAGAAGACGAUAGCCAUUUCUUUUUUCAUCUGGUAGUUGUUGCCUUUUUGGUAGCUGUGGUUUACAUCACGUAUCAUAACAAAAGGAAGAUCAUUCUGCUAGUUCAGGGAAGAAGAUGGCGAGAUGGACUUUGCUCCAGAACAGUUGGAUAUCAUCGUUUAGAUCAAAAUGUUAAUGAGGCAAUGCCUUCAUUAAAAAUUACCAAUGAUUACGUUUUUUAAAAGCUGUGUGAUCUGAAUUUAUCAUCCUGUUUUUUGCUUUGUUUUUAUAUAUGUGCGGGUGUUGCCAUAAGCAACAAGGUGCACUCUUUUGCCUUUCAGUUCUUAGCCUUAUAUGAGGACAUGUAAGGUCAGUAUUUACUUCUGGUGUCAGAUGAACUUCAGAAUCAGUGUAUAAUGAUGCCAUUGUUAUUCACUUUCACUCCUAUUGUAUUACCUUCUGCCUGGAGCAGUUCAUUGUCCUUGUUCAGAAUAUAGCCAUAUAGUACUCCAGAUACACUAGUGAAUCCAGAGCCAGGUGAGUUACCACUAAGAGGAACUUUAUAGCGAUUGCCUUGAAUAAUGUACUUGUUUUUCCCCCUCAGUCCAGAUAAUACAAAGUGUUAAUCUGUGUAAAGCCAGGUCACUUUUAGCCAAAUUGCUUGUAUCAUUCUCUGUAGCCUUUGCAUAGAAAAAUAAUAUUUUGCAUCGUACUGGUUUGCAUAGUUCAGAGAUAUCAAUUUGAAUUUUUGGUAAUUCAGAGCCCAGUUUUCAGCAAUUCUGUUGUAGACAUUUUGCCUUCAAAAAUCUGGAGUUAAGAUAAUUUUUAGACUAGAAAUUGAGAUACAUGCAAAUAUAACUAAACACAUUUCCCGGUGUAUUUUAAGAAGGGUUUUGUUGCAUUACAAGUAUGGAACGCAUGUGGGCUUGAGAGAUAUUUACUUCAGGGACUGACCUGAGUGAGGUUACUGAAUAUAUAGAAAUGGCAAGGGCUAACGUUGCCCAUUUUCAGCAAAUAGUGGUCUCUCUUCCAAGAUAAAUCCCUUCCAUAUUGGUUAUUCAGCUAAUUCUUGGUACGUUGAGUUUUUAAAGUUUUGUGUAAUUUAUAUUCAUUUCUACAAGUUGUAAAGUAUACAGUUUCAUAAAGUUACAUUUAUGUACAUCCUGUUUAUGACUGAUUCUCUUUAGGACUGGAACGCAUGUAAAUACUUAAAUGACUUCAUAUGCAAGUAUAGUGUACUGUUCUGAAAAAACUCUCAAACCUUUGGAAUGAAAAGAGUUGCCAUGGGCAUGGCCUUUAGUGGAGAAGCAGUUGAGCUUCUAGAUCUCUGUUCAGUGUUUCUGAAUGCAAGAAGGAAGAGAAACACGAGCAAGACAUGCCAGAACUUUCUUGCAGCAAUUUUUGUUGUACCUUGUAAUAGAAUUUUCAAAUAAACUCCAAGAAUAUAAUUUUAUGGUAAUUGUAUCUUGAUUUGUACAGUUGUAUGUUUACAAUAAAGAUAAUUCUUUUUUGAUCAA